AUGGUUGUCACUAUUAUCGCCGGAAUAUUACUGUCAAAGAGUUUUCAAGGUUUUGAGGAUAGUGAAGAAUAUACCCAGAAAAAGAGGAAGUGGUUUCUUCUAUUGGCAGCUUUGGGUUUUACAGGUUAUGGGGUUUGUAAGGUUUAUCACUCGCCUUCUGUGGUUAAAAAGAGAAAAAAGUUGUUGAAGCUCUUGGGAGCCCUGAUUUCAAUUGCAGAAACUGUGCCCGAUUCAGCUGAGGCAAUUGGGGUUGUCUCAAAAGAUCUAAAAGAGUUUGUGCAAUCAGAUUUGGACAAAAUCCCCAAUAGUUUGAGGCAAAUUUCUAAGAUUAUCCGGUCAGAGGAGUUUUCAGAGUCUGUUGUUAGAGUUUCAAGUGCUUUAACUGUUGGAAUUUUGAGAGGGUAUGGAUCAGAAUCAAGGAAGGAUGAUGGAAUGAGUGCCAAUUCAAGCUUUCUAGACCAGGUUUUGGAUAAGCUAUUUUUGACAUCUGCUUCUAGUUUUGCUUCUGCUGUUGUUGGGAGCUUUGCUAGAAACAUGGUCGUGGCGUUCUAUUAUGAUGCAGAGCCUAGUUGGGGAUCAAACACGAAGGAUUCAACGAGUCUUGACCAUAAUGAUUCAGAAUUGAAUUCUGGCCCCAAGUGGGCAAAUGCCAUAUGUGAUGAAAAGUUCAGAUAG